GUUGGGCAAAAUGCUUAUAUAGCUUUAGUGGGCGAUAGUGGAGUCAUCCAACGUUGCUGUGAGAAAGAGAGACUAAGAGAUGGAAGACUUGAGGAUAAAAUAUGUUGACCUGGAACAAUCAGAAAACCUUGAGAGUCAUAGGACGAAUGGCUUCAGGAACACCAAAUCUCUGGUGGUGCGGAGAGGAGCCCCAUUUAAAGUCAGCGUUCAGCUGGAAGGGCGACCCUUCAACCCUAAGAUCAAUACUCUGAGGGUUAAAAUCAUGCUAGGUAACCUGUACGCAGUAAUGCCUGUAACCUUCUCCAAGAGCUCUUCCAAGUCCAGCUGGAAUGCCUAUAUUGACCCUGAGGAGUUGAACCCUCUGAAACCUUCUGUCUACAUCUGCUCUCCUGCCUCUGCCUCAGUCGGCUCCUACAGAUUUCAGCUGUGUGUGCUUACUCAGGAUGGCAAGAAAAGCUCUGCAUAUGGCAAUUUCAUCCUGCUCUGCAACCCCUGGUGUUCUGAGGAUACAGUAUACAUCCCAUUUGAGGAUCAGAGAGAAGAAUAUAUCCAGAGUGACUUUGGGUUGCUGUUUAUGGGAUCAGGGACAAACAUUGUUGAAAGACCGUGGUCUUUUGAUCAGUAUGAGUCUGGUGUUCUGGAGGCAUGCUUGAAUUUGCUCCAAGUCAGCCCUCAGCACAAAAAGAACAGAAAGAUGGACUACCUGAACCGAAACAACCCCGUGUACCUCAGCCGGGUUGUGUCUGCCAUGCAGGCUCAUCCCAGGGAGUGCUAGUCUUCCUGACCCUGGACAAAUCCCCCAUUGUUGGGGAGCCUGUCAGCUUCAGCGUGAAAAUCAUGAACAAGCAGAAUGUAGCCAAGAUGUUGAAGAUUCACCUCAAUGCCCAGGCAAAAGAAUACAACCACAGCCCCUCGGACACCUUCUGGGAAAACCACGGUGUCUUACAACUUGCACCUAUGGAAGUCAAGGUAGUGAGGCAGAAGAUCCCCCUAGCACAGUAUGAAGACGUGGUGGGGGAUAACCUGAUCAACCUUGCAGUUGUUGUGGAGGAUACUGCCAGUCUGGAGAGAGUCCUGAGCUCAGAGGAGUUCAACAUCACCAGCCCACAGCUCAUCAUACAGGUUGCAGAUGAAAAGUCCAUCAAGCAACACAGCGAACAGACUGCUCUAGUGACCUUCAUCAACCCAUAUUCUCACCGAGUCAGUGGAGUACUGACUGUAGCUGGGGCUGGGCUGCUCCAAGGCAAAGUUCAGUUCAGGAUGCCCCCACUGCCUCCAGGAGGAAGAGUGGAUCAGCCAAUCCCGUUCAUGCCCAACAUGGUGGGAGAAAAGAUGCUGCAAGCCAGCCUGUGGCUCACAAAUAUGAAUGUCACCAUCAGAGGCUUUAAGAUGGUCUCUGUCAACAGUGUUUAGCACCUGCAGCCAUGUUUCCUAUGCUGUAAAUGAAGAAUGUAAAUAUUAUUUAUUUAGCUAUUUAUUGUUUUUAUUUAUGUGUAUAUGUGCCAUAAAAAUUAACAUUGAUACCCAAAGAUAUAUAUAUUUUAAUUUAUUGUUGUACUUUUACCUUUAUUUGAGAAAUAAAAUCAUAAAAUGUUCAA